AUGGGAUCUGACAAGGUUUGUCUUUACGUUCACAUUACACUAUUAGCUUGCCCCCCCCCCCGGCUUGAAGCAAAGCCCAGAGUUACCGAGGAGAACUUUCAUGCUUGCGACAUCAAACGUAUAGUGUUUUGCUGCGCUGAAGCGCAGAGAAUGGACUCUCACGUACGCCUCAUGCGGAAUGAGAGCUUUAAGUAUGAGACUUCGUUUGUUCUAGUGAAAAGUGACUGUUGCAUAUUAAUGAGUUUAUUACAAAGUUUUAUAGCGACUUCAUCCUAG